GCACGGUGCGUUGCGCCGCGCGGUGUCUGAGGCGGCGGCUCCGCUCCGCGCCCGCCGCGCCCGCUCCCGUCGGUACCGGAGAUUUGUCCUUUCCCCUUGCAGCAAGUGCCAGAGGAGCUGGGGACACCUGCCCAGCCCUGAACCCACUGCAGAGAACAAGGGGGUGAAAGGAACCCCAGCCCAGAAUCACUGACGAGCAAUCCAGGAAUCCAGAAAAAAAUCAAGGAAUCCACACAGAGAACGAGGCUGCUCUGCAGUAGGAAGGAUUCUGCUGUGCUGGGGCCCGGAGCCGAUGGCAGAGAAUGUCCACGACUAACAACAUAGCUCAGGCCAGGAAGCUCGUGGAGCAGCUCCGCAUCGAGGCCGGGAUCGAGAGGAUCAAGGUCUCCAAAGCAUCCUCGGAGCUGAUGAAUUACUGUGAGCAGCAUGCUCGGAAUGAUCCUCUCCUGGUGGGAGUUCCUGCUUCUGAGAAUCCCUUUAAGGACAAAAAGCCCUGCAUCAUCCUAUAGCUGUGGAUCCUUCUGGAAGGAAAUCCCCAUCCAGCCUCUGGAUCCAGGCUCCUCCACAGCUCCACCUGCACCCAGGGGUAAAAACUCAACGCUGGCUUCACACAGAACUUAAAAAAUUUCCUGAGAAAAACAAACAAACAAAAAAAAAAAUCCAAGAAAAAAAAACAAAAACAAAACAAAAAACCAAAACAAAAUAACAAAAACAAAACAAAAGAAAAAACAACCAGAGAAAAACAAAACAAAAGAACCCCAAAAAAGUAAAUUUGGAAGUGGGGGUUUGAAAGUGGGAUUAAGAAUUGGAAUCAGGAUUUUUAAAAUUUACCCAGGGUUGGGGGAGGAAAGGAAGGUGGGGAGGGGAUUUUUUAUUGGGAUAUUUGGAUUUGGGAAAGGGGUGGUUGUGGGGUCAUUCCCAGUGGGAUGUGAGAGCUGGACCUGGAUCCAAUCAGAGCCAAAUCAGCAGGAAUUUCCUCUGGAGAAGGGGUGAGGUGGGAACCAUUUUGUAAAAAAUCAGUACAAAAAGAAAAAAAAACCCCAAAAAAAACCCCAAAAUCCCCAAAUCCAGCUGGAAAAAUCCCAGUUGGGAAUGGCCAAAGGGAGGCUGGGGAGGCUUUUCCCUGCAUCCCACAGCUCUGCUGGGAUCCAGGGAUGGCCCUGCAGGGCAAUUCCCAGCUGGGAGAGACCCCAGGAGGAAUUUUAGGGAUCCCCAGGGAUGGGGGAGGUCGGGAUCUUUGGGGGUCUCUGUGCUGUCCCCAAAUUCAGGGAGGGAGGGAAGGAAGGGAAGGAGCUUCCUGGUGCAUCCAGAAUCUUGGAAAAAUCCAAUUUUGGGGGAGUUUCAACCCGAAUCAGCAAAUUCCCAGCGUUUCCCAUCUCCCUUUUCCAACACUGGAAUUCUUCCCACUAAAUCCAGGGCCUGGGAAUUGUCCAGGGAGGUUUAGGGCAGGUGGGGAAGGGGAAUGGAAGGAUCAGUUCUGUUCCCAUCCCUUGGGAAUCUGGGACUGGGAUUGAAACUGGGAGCGCUUGGAUCUCAUGGGGAUGAGCUGGCAUGGAGGGGAGAGCAGGGAAAAGGGAGCAGGGAAAAGGGAGCAGGAAAAGGGGAGCAGGGAAAGGGAGCAGGAAAAGGGGAGCAGGGAAAGGGAGCAGGGAAAAGGGAACAGGAAAAGGGAGCAGGGAAAAGGGAACAGGAAAAGGGAGCAGGAAAAGGGGAGCAGGGAAAGGGAGCAGGAAAAGGGGAGCAGGAAAAGGGGAGCAGGAAAAGGGGGAGAUAGAAAAAAGGGAGCAGGGAAAAGGGAACAGGAAAAGGGGAACAGGAAAAGGGAGCAGGAAAAGGGGAGCAGGAAAAGGGGAGCAGGAAAAGGGAGCAGGAAAAGGGGAGCAGGAAAAGGGGAGCAGGAAAAGGGGAGCAGGAAAAGGGGAGAUAGAAAAAGGGGAGCAGGGAAAAGGGAUCUGGAAAAGGGGGAGCAGGAGAAGCUUCCAUGGAGCCCUUGGGUGGAUGCUUGGGAGAACUCCAGGAAUUCCACAAAGUGGGGAAAGGACAAAUGCCAGGAUUUGGGUGCAGUGUCCAAUCCCUGUCCCAGGGCCCAUCGUGGGGCUCAGCAGCUGCUGGGAGACAUUCCCAGAAUCCCAGAAUCCCAGAAUCCCAGAAUCCAUGAGGCUGGAAAAGAUUUCCCAAAACCACCGUAGGCAGAGGCCAUUCCUGGUUAUCCUGAGCACAGGCUUUUUGGGGAGAGAAGGGAUAAAAACAACCCAGCCAGAGCUGAUGUGAAAUCCUGGGAGUUUCCCCAUUCCUCACAAAGCUUUGGAUCGGAUUGGGAAUGCCAAGGAUGGGGUUGGGAAUGCCAGGGAUGGAAUGCCAGGGUUAGGAAUGCCAGGGAUGGGGUUGGGAAUGCCAGGAUGGGGUUGGGAAUGCCAGGGUUAGGAAUGCCAGGAUGGGGUUAGGAAUGCCAGGGUUAGGAAUGCCAAGGUUAGGAAUGCCAGGGAUGGGGUUAGGAAUGCCAGGGUUAGGAAUGCCAGGGAUGGGGUUAGGAAUGCCAGGGUUAGGAAUGCCAAGGUUAGGAAUGCCAGGGAUGGGGUUAGGAAUGCCAG